UAUGGCAGGCGCGCUCCCGUGGACUGCACCGUUAUUAUUCGACGAGCGCGACUGACACCGAUACUACAAUGUCAAACGCGCCGAGGAGCACCCGUCCUGAUUCCUUAUCUGAAUCCUCGAAUAAAUCGGAUGACUUUAGUGGAAAUACUGCGCGGAUGUGUCAUCUGUCAGAUAAGGUGGAGGUGUGAGUGAGUCAGGCAGAGAUGGAGCUGAUCAGAAGAAAAGACUCCGACUCAAACGGCUUGUUCUCUGACAACUCCGACAAUGACUGUGAGGACAUGGGCGCUUGUGGACAGAAUAUUGGAGUGUGUCUGUGUGAAAAUACCAUCUUCUGUGAUCAACAUUCACCAGAGGACUCCAGUGUAAAGUGUGUCCAGUGUGGUAAAAACCGGCCGCUGAUCACCAGAUACUCAGAGGGAUACGGCACAGAGGAGGAGUGUGUGCAGACGCAUCCGCAGGGAGACAGUGAUGCAGACGCAGACAUAGAGGACACCGACAGCAGGCUCCAGAUUGCGGGAUCCCUCCAGCGAAUCAGCUCCCGGAAGAGAAAGCGUCAGCGAAUCACGCGGCAGGACACUACUGAGAGUGAAGACGACGGUGGGCGGAGCCACAGGACGCACCGCUGGAGUUUACGCCUCAGUCCUCACCGCACACACAACAGAACAAUACUGGAGGAGAGUGUUUCUCAGGUGCGGCCGCUGGUGAUCUGUCGCUGUGCAGCUCGAGACACUCAAAGCCUCACGGACGUCACACUGACCAACAGGAAGUGGCCGCUGACGGUGUUUCCUGUGCCACCGUCUGUCACUUUGUCUUGCUUCCUGCUCUUCAUCCCUUUAUCUGUAACCAUCACCAUCAUCAUCAUCAUGCUCAUGUCUUUCCUCCUGCCGCUCACAGACACCUGAACACGGCACUCUCAGGCCAUCGAGCCAUUCUCUGCACUUCAGUCCACACCUAAAAGAAAAACAAAUACUAUAGUAAUUUACUGUAAAUAUUUUCGUUUCUGAUCCAUACUAUAGUAAAGUACCUGAAUUCAUCUGUUGUGGUGAUUCUACAGUUGCUAUGGUAACAGAACUUUUGUGCUGAGUCUAUUGUUGCUAUGGUAACAGAAUGACUACACUAACUGAUCCAUUGUGGUGAUUCUAUAGUUGCCAUGGUAGCAGAACAACUUUAGUAACUGAUCUGUUGUGGUAAUUCCAUAGUUGCUAUGGUAACACAACAACUAUAGUAGUUAAUCCGUUGUGGUGAUUCUAUAGCUGCUAUGGUAACAGAAUUGCUACACUAAUUGUUCACACCAGACGCGGAAGAAGCGAGUGAUUUACUUGUUAAGUCAAUGCAAAGGCGCGAAUAGACAUCCUGCAGUGCGAUACGUGCAAAUGGUGCUGCGUGAACGAUGCCAAUUGCGCGAGUUUGGAAAUCUGAACUUCAGCGGACAAUCGCGCCGCGUCAACCAAUCAGGAGCUUGCUCUUGUGGGGGCAUGAUUAUGAUGUAGUGCCUGUUGUUGGUGUCUUGGGGGAAAAUCCUCCUGCACACACUGACAACAGUUCAUCAAACUGGGCUCGGCUCAGUCAGAAGCGCUGUUGAAAGCUUCCAUCAUCCAGGUUAUGUAUCUGGAGGAGUUUAUAAGCUCACAGAGCUGGCUGCACCUCUGAAAGAAUCUAGUGCACUCAGACAUUGCUCAAAAUUAAUCGACGCUGUUUUUCAGCCAUCCUAAAGCACAUAAACACAGUUAUUUUCUCAAUAAAAUCCAUGUUAGCCAUUUAGCAACGAAGCUAGAGUCACCAGGCAGCCCUGCCCAUCACGUGACUCCCUGCAUCUGUUGCUCAGUGAAUUUGACACGUAAAUGAAGCAGAUUUGACGCGCGAAUAAAGCGAGUAAACUCAAAUGUUCAUGCGACUAUUUAUGCGUGAAUAGCACAAUUUAUCUGCGCGUUCCGCGUCUGGUGUGAACACAGCAUAACUGAUCUGUUGUGGUGAUUCUAUAGUUGCUAUGGUAACACAACAACUAUAGUAGUUAAUCUGUUGUGAUGAGUCUAUAG